ACGUGGUCUGCUAAGCCCGCUGCCGGACCGGAUGCCGGUAAGCAUCCUUACCAAUCCUCGUAAUCACAAUGUACUACUGGUUCUCCUUCCACCAUCAUCUCUAUCAUAUCCCGUCUACAUCACUUGAACGGAAUGGCGCAUGCACACGUCAAUUUUCUCGGAGGAUCUCCGUUGAAUCGGCUCUCCUGGUUGCGGUCUUCUCAAGAUUUCUUGAACGCGAUAGUAGCAUUGCCCCAGACUCGCUGGGUUCUCUUCAAUGCAGGAUUUCCUCUUGUAGGGCAGCGCGAUGCAGGUCCAUACCUAGCCUACCUGAGCACUAAGGAGGUAAAGCCCAUUCUGGGAUCGGAACCAUUUUUUGGGCAAGGAAAGGAGAUCGGGACAUAUCUACAGGCAGACGAAGUAACAUCGCAUACCGAGGCAGCCCGUCAUUUGAACAGCCCUGUCGUUUUUCUUGGUCUACACGAAGACCACAGCAAGACCGGCGCGUUACCUUCAUCGGACUUCGCCGAUGCUCAAGCCGCCGUUCAGAACAUUAAAGGAACCGCAUAUUUCUCUUUGGAUAUUGCGAGUCUGGAUAAGUCUUCUGAAGAACUAGAGGCUUUCUUGACAAACACAGAGACCGCGAGCAAUGGCGUGAAAUUGUCGUUUUCUGAACCGCGUUCUGUCAUGAACACACUGGACGCUUUUACGUCUGCGAUUUUUGCAGAAGCAAAAUCCAUGGUGGACUGGAACGAGAGAAACAAGUUCUGUCCUGGAUGUGGUUCUCCAUUAUACUCGAUGUGGGGAGGAUGGAAAUUAUCUUGUUCGGCUUUACUUCCUUGGGCGCCUAAGACAAACAAGAAACCAUGCAUCACAGCCAAAGGCUUACACAACUUCACGCAUCCGCGCAGUGACCCCGUGGUCAUCAUGAUUGCUGUCGAUGAAAUCGGAGAUAGGAUCCUACUAGGCAGAAAUAAAAAAUUUCCCGGGAAAUUUUAUUCUGCUUUAGCUGGCUUCGUUGAACCUGGGGAGUCUUUCGAAGAUGCCGUUUUAAGAGAAAUGUGGGAGGAGGCUGGCGUCAAAGUUUGGGACGUCCGAUACCAUUCCGGCCAGCCAUGGCCAUAUCCUGCUAGUUUGAUGGUUGGAUUCUAUGCCAGAGCGGACGCUUCAGAACCCAUCAGAGUGGAUCUUGAUAAUGAGCUCGAAGAUGCACAAUGGUACGGUCGUUCGGAAAUAUUAUCCAUCAUUAACCAUCCGGAUGGAACAAACCUUUCGCCUAAGACUUUCAACGAUGAAUACGACGGGAAGACGGCCGGCGCCGAUCUGGGCUCUAAACUGAGAGAUGCGCCUACAUUCAGGGUUCCUCCAACGACCGCUAUUGCUGGGGUGUUGAUACGUGACUGGGCUGAAGGAAAGAUCGUCUUUGAUGUUGAUAAGAAAGGCAAGUUGUAACUUCUUGUCUUAGUAUUCUACUUCUUUGUUUGAAAUAUAGCGUAAUAUACGUUGUCCAUGAUAACGAUAUGGUCUGAGCUUUCGUUUCCUUCAAACCUUAUCAAUGUCCGAGAU